UCGAAGUCAUCAUCGUAUGCUUGGUACACAACUUGCUCUGUGAGCAACGCAUCAUGCAUCAUGAUCAUGUUUGGUCUCGUCCGUGUGGAUAGGAAAUGGGCUACCUGCGUGGUAUGCGCAUCUCUGUGUGGUUAUACACUGGUCCAUGAUAUGACUGCGUGGAUUCUGUAUGCGAGCACUGGUCUGGUCAAUUUGACUGGGUCAUAUGUGCUUGUGUGGUAUGCAUCAAGUGAGUUUAUCAAGUACUUUUGGG